CGCUGGUCCACGUUCACAUGAGCCUAUACGGAGUCCCCCUUACUCCUCAACAGCGCUUUCCGGCAUCGAUGCGCCAAUCCAUGAAGCCUAUUGCUCUUCUGCACGUCAGCUGUGCAUGACUGCCUCGACGCGGACCGAUGGAUACUGGUGUCUGGCCCCGCCGGCACACAGACGCCCAGGGCGGGAUCUGGACCAUGGUUCACCCCUUUCUCUACGGAGUACGUACCCAAGGCCCCCUCUUGGUAUACAUAUCUCAACGACUUUGUCUUGGACAGUUGGUCCGUACUCUUCCUCGUGGACAGGUCAUUCUUCCAUUUCUUUCUUCUCAAGCCAGCAUUUUGGCGUCCAUUCCUUUCUCAUUUGAACUGGCGUCUUUUGCAGUUUGUCGCUCCUUUCUGUCGAUCUUUUCUUCCAACAUUAAGCAAAUAUGCUGGCAUCUUCUUUUCUGGUCACCCUGGCGGGACUUGUCUCUUUGAGCACAGCUGGAUAUGUGCUGGAGGAUGACUACAGCACUGAUCAAUUCUUUUCCAUGUUUGAUUUCUUCACUGACGCCGAUCCCACGAAUGGGUACGUGCAAUAUGUGGACCAGAACACUGCCCAAAGUGGCGGGCUCAUCAACACCGACAAUGGCGCCAUUUACAUGGGUGUUGAUCAUACCAACGUUGCGUCGGGCUCCGGCCGGCAAAGCGUUCGCCUGACAAGCAAAAAGUCUUACAACCACGGCCUGAUCAUUUUGGACCUCUCCCAUAUGCCAGGCGGCAUCUGCGGUACCUGGCCUGCCUUCUGGACUGUCGGCCCCAACUGGCCAAGUGCAGGUGAAAUCGACAUCAUCGAGGGCGUCAACUCACAAGCAUCCAAUGCCAUGACCCUCCAUACCGCCUCUGGGUGUAGCAUCACCAACAACGGCAUGUUUUCGGGGUCAGUGUCCACGCCAAACUGUGAUAUCAAGGCCGCGGGCCAAGCGACCAACGCGGGCUGCCAAAUCUCGACUCCCAACGAUGCCACCUUCGGCAGCGGUUUCAACGACGGCCAAGGCGGUGUCUACGCCACUGAAUGGACCUCAUCAGCCAUCAACAUCUGGUUCUUCGCCCGCUCCGCCAUCCCGUCCGACAUAUCCUCGGGAUCCCCCGACCCCAGCAACUGGGGCCAACCGCUGGCUUCCUUCGCCGGGGGUUGUAACAUCGACGAGUUCUUCAACGACAACCAGAUCGUCUUUGACACGACCUUUUGCGGCGACUGGGCUGGAAACGUGUGGACGUCCGACCCCGUGUGCGGCUCCAAGGCAUCGACUUGCCAGGACUUUGUGCAGAACAACCCCUCUGCGUUCCAGGAUGCGUACUGGUCCGUCAACUCGCUCCAGGUCUUCCAGAGCACCGGAGGCGACAACUCCAGCACCACGGCGCCGUUUCCCACCGCCUCCACACAAGCGCCCACCGCCUCUGUCAGUAUCCCUGGUGCACCGUCGGGGAUCCCGCCCAUCGCCUCCGGACCGCCGUCGAGCGUGUCGGUUCCUACGACGGGCUUCAGCCGCGGCGGCAACGGCCGACACAGCAAGACAUUCGGGACGGUGGGCGCCACGGCCGCAGAUUUCGCCGCCCAGCCAACUACAGCGUCCGCCUCCUCGGCGUCGUCCACGGUGUCCUUCGACGCCCGAGACCCCUCUACGACGGUGGGCCCGCCGUUGGCCGUGGCGGUCGCCUCGGACGGCACGGUCAACGAGGUGCAAGAGUCCUCGUCGUCGUCGUCGCACGAAGCUGCACCCACCACCACCGCCACUGCCUCCCCGGGUACCGCCGACUCCAACGACGCCGCCGUCACAUACACCACCGUCAGUGCCCUGGGGUACCAGGACUUCCACCACGAGCGGGAGAGGAAGAGCCGGCGCGAGGCCGGGCCCGAGCCUGCGGGCGUCCUAUCACCGUCCUCGUCUGCUGAAAUGGUGCCCUUCUUCCCCGAGCACGCGAAGCGCCACUUGACCCAGCAUCGGCGCAUGGACAUGCACCGCCAUCUGUUCAGACACGGCGCGGGCGUUGCUGCAGCCGGCGGCGGCCCAGGGAGCGAACACGACUGAAAGAAGAGGUCGCCCUUUUCCUGUCCCAGCGGGGUUGGUUAGCUAUGGAACAACCGGUGGCAAUCUUGUUGUGAGUUCGAGGGAGGUGGAGGAGGAGGUGUGUGUGGUUUUCGCUCUUGGACCGACCGACAUUACACUUCUAGAGAGCCGCUUUUUACACACAUCCUCCCUACCUUGCUUUCAAGAUGUGAUAGACAUUUGGAUGGUUUUUUCCUUCAUUUGGAUGAGGCUUCUUUGGUAGUGGUGGGCGGUGCAAGGCAGAGACAGAAAAAGGGGGAGGGGAGGGGGGGAGAGAAACGCGCUUUUAUCGUAACGACGGAAUGAUGGACGAAACGAAAAAACCCUGAAAUGAACAUUCAAAAUUCAAAGCCCAAUGCCAUUGCAAAUGCAUUCGAGGAUCACAAUGGUUUUGGGUUGUUUUUUUUUCUCCUUCGUGUGAAACCAACGAAGGGAGGUGGGAGGGAGAUAGAUGGGACGGACGGACGGAUGCAUGGAUGGAUGAAUAGAUACAGGCAACAAUCGCAACAUGGCAACGUGGAAGAUCCCAAUGAUGAUGCCCCGGUGACAAUUUACACUUUGCCUUG